UGUCUGUCAGUGUAAGCCAUUCAUAUUCUGUUAACAUUUCUAGCUGUGAAUAACCCCUUCCCAUGACCCUUGACCCCUUAGCCCAUGGACCCUAGAGAGCAUGACCCCCCCCGGUACCUGCGGCUCUUUCAGUGGUGGCCUGCAUCACCACUUUGAAACGGAUCUAAUUCUGGAUAUUCACCCAAGUUACUGCUAUUUGAUGUUUAAGAAUAGAACUGGGCAAGUCGUCCGUCUGUCCAGGGUCACAGAGUUCACAACUGAGUGCUGGCUGCACCACUGAUGAGGCCAGAACCUGCAAUGGGGUCCACAACCCGCGCUGGGAGACAGAGGCCGCCAAGCCCAGCCAUGGCCAACGUCAGCACCUGGGUAAUUCAGCAGCAAGUUUUUGCACCAAAAGCAUUGGUGGAGCGAGGCGCCACAGUGGUAUCUCAAGCAGCAGGAAACCCAAGGGCUGGUGGUGGUGGUGUGAGGCCUGGAGGAGGAGAAACGUUAGGUAGUAUGGGGAGUUUAGGCGGCACUGUUGCUAGAAGCAUCGAGAGUCGCGGCAUUGUGAGUGGCCCAAGUGUUGGGAACCUGGUAAGCAGUGGUGGCGGCAGCUCAGGUGGACACAGCUUAGCAGCGCUGUCAUCAGCAGUGGCAGCAACACACAACACCAACUCAUUAUUUAUGGCGAACAGCAUUCAAGCAACGGCAGCGGCAACGCAGCAGCGGGCUGUUGUCAAUGAAAUGCUCAGGCAUAUGCAAGGUCUUGGAAACCGAGGCAUUAGUAAUUUUGUGGGUCGGCCGUAUGGAAGUGGAGGAGGAAGUAGUAUGAUGGGGCUCCAUAGCAAUUUUGGGGGUGAUUCUGCUCCUCCCCCUCUAGACCUAUCGGAAUUUCCCUCUCUCUCUUCGCGAAACACUGACAAUUCCCAACCAAACCCAAUGGCUGGGAGACAACCAUAUGUGGGCAUGGUGAAGCAACCCACCCCUGAAACCUCAGAGUUCACCAUGAGCAAUGAAGACUUCCCCGCGUUACCCGGCUCCCAGGCCAACCCUACUGGAAAAAUCUUCGCGCCUUUUUCAGAUGAUGGCUUCUCCAAUAACGAGAAGAAGUCCAACUCUACGUCUGGCACUGACACUCCUUCAGAUUUGGUGUUGAGAGCAGCAGAAAAGAAUCAGUCACAAAAAAGAGGAAUUCAGACAUCUCCUGAUGGUAAGGUGACCAACAUUCCCGGAGGUAUGGUUACUGAUCAGUUUGGCAUGGUGGGCCUCCUAACGUUUAUCAGGGCAGCGGAAACUGACCACAACCUGGUCUCCUUGGCAUUAGGCUCAGAUCUUACUACGUUAGGGCUUAACUUGAACUCCCCUGAAAACCUUUACCCAAAUUUUGCUGGGCCAUGGGCUGAAACUCCCUGCCGACCACAAGACAUUGACUACCAUGUACCCCAAGAAUACCUCACCAAUCAGCAAAUAAGAGGGAAGCUAGCACCAGUCAAGUUUGACAGAUAUGGGGAAGACCUAUUGUUCUACAUGUUCUACUCUAAUGCUGGAGAUUUGUUACAAAUCCAUGCUGCUGCUGAACUGUACAACCGAGACUGGAGGUACCACAAGGAGGAGAGAGUCUGGAUAACCAGAGCCCCUGGCAUGGCCCCUGUAGAUAAGGGUCCCAACUAUGAGCGGGGAACUUACUUCUAUUUUGAUGCCCAAAAUUGGCGGAAGGUUCCGAAAGAGUUCCACUUGGAGUACGACAAAUUGGAGGAGAGGCCCCACAUCCCCACGCCCGGGGGACUCAUACAUACGCCGACUUCGUCCUCCCUGUGACAGCCCACACUUGCCAACCCUGCGCAAUACCAUCCUCACAGAGGAACUUAACAGAGGAGUCACAGCCCAGUGAUUGUGAUGGAAUCAAACUUUAGUUCAGCAAUCUGUUGUCAAUAACUUCCUUUUUAUGAAGUGAGACUUCACUUGCCUAUGUCAUUUUCCCAGUUGUAUACUUAUUGUAAAGUAAAUUAUUUUGGACAAAAAAUUAUAAAUCCAUGUAUAUAGUAAGAGGGCAUUGGUGCCCAAGCCAGGCUCUCCACAGUUGACCAACAUCCCUAGAGUGGUGCACAGCACCAGCAGUUGUGAGAGGUGGACAGCUUAGAGAAAAGCAGGAGCACUCUGACAUGUACUUUAAUUAUUUAUGUAAUUUAUGAUUUUCAAAUAGAAUUAUCAUCAAAUUAUGUAUAGUUUUAAAGCCACUAAAAAAGCAGCUUAGAAUUUAUUAAUUUUUGAAGUAGAACAUACUAAAAUGACAUUAUUGCUAAAUGUAGAUCUGAAAAAUUGUUCAGUAUAUUUGAAGAUAACCUCAUAAUUGAGGAUGUGUAUCAUACAGGCUUGGCUAAGAAUGCAACCAUCAUUGUGCCUCCUUGGCCAGCCCUCCAGGCCCUAAAGGGGAGGGUCUGCCUAGUAUUACAUGUGUGGGAGGUAUUAUUCCACCAACAAGGUUUUCAUGUGUAAUCACAAUCCAUUUUGAAAUCAGUGAAAAUUGGUUUUGGAUGAAAUUUAUAUUUAUAUUUUAUUUUUUUGUUCCAUAUACAGUAGAGGAAAGUACCGUUCAUGGUGGUAAUCUUUCAGCAGGAAGGUUCACUGAUGUCAAAAAUUGACUGUGCUUAUCCUUGCCUCCUUGUCUGCCUCAGUCACAUCACCUUUGUUAAGGGUUAAUUAAUCUUCAUUACCAAGGGCUUGAACGUUUUAGGAAUAUCAUCAUUGAAACAACAAGAAUUUCAAAGGUUUAAGGACAAGAGAAGUUCCUUUGCUCAUCUCCAUAUCAAUACCCGAGUUGUCUUCAGGCAGAUUAUUGUCAUUCUGGUAUUGCAUUUUCACUUCUGCUCAAAAAGCAUCAGCUUUGAGGAAAAAGUUAAUUUUAGACACAAACAUGACAUCAUACAAGUUAAUCACUGGGAUGGCAAGAUAAUUCACUUGGUGCCCAAAGUACUGCAGACUACAUCAUCAGAAAGAUCUGUUCUCUCCCAUCUCGGUACCUUUUUUUAUAUGUAUGUAGAAUCCAUCAUAAACAAUCAUGAACAUAACCAAAGUAAUAUUUUGAUAAUAGUGUAUAAGAACCUCUUCCAUACAAAAUGAGAUAUUUUACACACCUUUCCAGAUUCAAAUACUCAUCUGAAUGCCUGCCACUCUUGAGGAUGGUUAACAAGGCAGUGGUUUUGUAACAAAGUGCCACAACUUUAUCAAGGAGCUCUCCAGUUGCUCUAUUUUAGGGCUCACUUUUGCACUUCACAUUGACAGAAAAGUACAAAACUAAUUUUGUUAUUGGGAAAGAACAGACAAGUAAUGAUGUAAUCAGUAAAGAACUUAUUCCUUGCUCUUUCUUCUCGAUGUAUGUAUAGUUAUGUACACAGUCAAUAUUAUUCUGUACCAAAUAGAUUUGUUUUACAGUA